UGGUCAAACACUGGAACGGGCUUCCUAGAGAGGUGGUUGAUGCCCCAAGCCUGUCAGUGUUUAAGAGGCGUUUGGCCAAUGCCCUUAGUAACACGCUUUAACUUUUGGUCAGCCCUGAAUUGCUCAAGCAGUCGGACUGGAUGAUCGUUGUAGGUCCCUUCCAACUGAAAUAUUCUAUUCUAUUUUAUAAGAAUCUGAGUGACACCUGGACACUGAGUGACACUGGAAUGCGUAAAGAGGAGCGACAAGGAAGACAGGAGGUACAUGAAGAUGGAAUUUGCAAUUAAACACACGUGGGAUGGUUUGCCUGUAAGCCAUGAACCAGUAAGAAUUGUGCUGAAGCCGGACAAUGCAGAACUGCUAAUGGAAGUUAAUGCUCCCUUUUUUAAUGAUCCACCAGCACCGCUUGGAGAGCCAGGGAAACCUUUUAGUAGACUGUGGGACUAUGAGGUUGUAGAAGCAUUUUUUCUGAGUGACAGAACUGAACAGUAUUUAGAAGUUGAACUUUGUCCCCAUGGACAACACUUGUUGCUGCUGCUUUCUAGCAAAAGAAGAGUAUGGAAAGAAGAACUUCCUUUAGAGUUUGAGGUGACCAGAAUGAAAACCAAAUGGGAAGGUAAAGCUCAUCUUCCUUGGAAUUAUUUUCCACCAUGCACUAACAAGUUCAAUGCAUUUGCAAUUCAUGGCUCAGGAGAAGAGAGAAAAUACGAAGCGCUUCAUCCCGUGCCUCGACAUGAACUACAGGAAGGACAGAAACCAGAUUUUCAUCGCCUGGAAUUUUUCAAAGAUCUGAACCUGAAAGGACUGAUGCAAGAGGGUUGGAAGCAGCCUAAAUCAGAUAUAUGGAAGUCUCUCACUAACUGAGGCAUACGUUUUUAUAGCAUUAAGGUUGGAUGAAACUGUAUGGAAACAACUUCUUCAUUCUAAGCAGAGUUUGUAAAUAUCAGAUUGCUAAGGCUUUCCUUGACACCAAAAUCAUUGAUCAAUCUUAAAAUCAACUGUAAAGUAUCCGGGCCAGUUGGUUCUAAACAUAUGGAGUAUGCAACAGCUUGUGUUUCAAUUCAUCUUGGUGGGGAGUUUUUUACCUGUGCAAGAGACGAAUCUACUCCUACCAGUGAAGGGUAAAAAUGUGCUAAAAUUACAGCUAUGUUUUCAUGAGAGCUCUAAGCCUGAUGAGGCCAAUGUCUGGCUUGGAAUCUCUGUUCCCUAUAGUUGCUGCAUUUCUUCUGUAUUUUCACUGCUGCUAGUUUGUUUCUUGGCUGUUGAAUGACAUUCUUAUGUGCCUAUUUUUCUUUUUUAUUGCAAUUAGGAGAAAGAAUGCCUCCUUCAGGAACAGAAAAGAAUAUAGCUAUCAUGAUGUUUUGUGGCCCAUGUGUACUUGCAUUCCAAGAUGCUGUGGAGGUAUAACACUACCCUUUCCUAUACCUUCCUAUACCUGAAGUUUUCCCUUGCACAGUACUGAAGAGGGAACUUAAUCUGUAUUACUUUGUUAGCAGACCUCUCUGCUUCAAAUUCAGUGUGGAAUUUCUAGUGGUAUUUAGGUACAGAGGGUAGAUUUACAGAAGGUUUUAUAUAUUCCAGGGAAAAUUUCUGGGAGCAAUAAAGUUUAGUAAAACCUUUUGAUGUAGUUGUGUGCCUACAAAAGCUUGUUUGUUUCAAGACCUUGCCACAUCACUUUAAGGAUUCAUCUCAAGACGUGUGAGAAUUCUGUUUGCAUGCCACCUAACGUUGGAAAUACUCUAAUUGUAUGUGCCUACAUCUUCUACAUAUGGGCAUGAAUAUUUUUAACAGUACUGAAUACUGUUAGAUGGUAACGUCUAAUCUGUAAAUUCUCACAGGAUUUACAAAUGAGAUGUUCCUUCUCUGUCUAGCAUAGUAAGUGCUGCUUGAUUGUGGCUGCUGACUUGAUCCUAUGUAAAUUUACUUAGAAAAUGGGAAGUUUACCCACUGACCAGAUCCUGCAUCUGAAAAGUUAGGUGACUUUAAAAUCAAGCUUCUUAAGUUUAGUUCAGAA